GGGCCAGUGUGCCUGGAGCGCCCAGACAGGUCCCUUCCCUUUUGCAGACUUCCGCUAUCCUAAACUGGGGCUGUCAGGGAAGGAGUGGGGUUUGCCCCCACGCGCCCCAGAAGCUGCCUCCUACUUGUCCUUCCUGUGCGAAACGUAGAACGGGACGGGAAAGAACCCUGACCGCUGUGAAAUUACUCUCUGUAGGCGAUGACAGAUACGGCCACAGCGCUUGAGGCUGCCCCUCUUUCAGACUUUGAAAAGUGUAAUGGGAAACCCAGGAACUUUCAAAAGAGGUCUUUUACUGUCGGCUUUGUCUUAUCUGGGUUUUGAAACUUACCAGAUUAUCUCUCAGGCUGCAGUGGUUCAUGCCACAGCCAAAGAUGAAGAAAUACUUGAACAAGCAGACUACCUGUAUGAAAGUGGAGAAACAGAAAAACUUUAUCAGUUGCUAGCCCAGUACAAGGAAAGUGAAGACGCAGAGUUACUGUGGCGUUUGGCACGGGCAUCACGUGAUGUAGCUCAGCUUAGCAGAACUUCAGAAGAGGAGAAAAAGCUAUUGGUGUAUGAAGCCCUAGAGUAUGCAAAAAGAGCACUAGAAAAAAAUGAAUCAAAUUUUGCAGCUCAUAAGUGGUAUGCAAUCUGCCUUAGCGAUGUUGGAGAUUAUGAAGGCAUCAAGGUUAAAAUUGCAAAUGCGUACAUUAUCAAGGAGCAUUUUGAGAAAGCAAUUGAACUGAACCCUAAAGAUGCUACUUCAAUUCACCUUAUGGGUAUUUGGUGCUAUACAUUUGCUGAAAUGCCUUGGUAUCAAAGAAGAAUUGCUAAAAUGCUGUUUGCAUCUCCUCCUAGUUCCACCUAUGAGGAGGCCUUAGUCUACUUUCACAGGGCAGAACAAGUGGACCCAAACUUCUACAGCAAAAACUUACUUCUGUUAGGAAAGACAUACUUGAAACUACACAACAAAAAGCUUGCUGCUCUGUGGCUAACGAAAGCCAGGGACUAUCCAGCACACACAGAAGAGGAUAAACAGAUACAGACAGAAGCUGCUCAGUUGCUUACAAGUGUCAGUGACAAGAAUUGAGAACUUUUCAGAGAAGAUGUAUGAAAUAGCUAAUAAACGCUGCCUUUUCGUUGAAUUAUAAAGUUCACAUAUGAAGCAUAACUGUUCUGUGGCUUUUGAAAUGUUGUGACCAUUUAACAGUGUAAAUAUAAAAAAUUCUAGGUUUCUUCACAAAUAAUAAGGUAAGAGAAAUAAUUGCUGUAAGAGUGGUAGAAAUAAAUCUCCAUGGCUCAGGCAGAGAGACUAUUUUGCAUCUUGGAUACCAGCAAUGUAAAAUAGUAUGAGAUUUCUAAGGAUUGAUCACAUUGGGAUGGGAGAUCAAGCAAAGAAAGCUUUGUAGAGGAGGGGAAAUGGAUCUAUAGGGGAUAUACAGGGGGAUGGAUUUUCAAGUUGGACUGAUUCUAAGUUGAGAUCUUGCAGAGAAGUUGUGGUGAAAAAGUUAGGAUGUUGUGGGUUCUUGGCAUAAAGUAGUAAAAUGAUUAAAAAUAUAUGUAAUUGGAGCUAACCUGUACAAAGAAAGAACUAAGUCAGGAGAGGACUGAAAAUGGAGUGGUUUUCUUUUUUCUUUUUAUUUUUUUAAGACAGAGUCUCACUCUAUCACCCAGGCUGGAGUUCAGUGGUGCAGUCUCGGUCCACUGCAGCCUCUGCCUCAUAGGUUCAAGUGAUUCUCCUGCCUUAGCCUCCUGAGUGGCUAGGAUUAUAGGGUUGCCCCACCAGACCUGGUUAACUUUUGUAUUUUUGGCACAGAUGGGGUUUUGCCAUGUUGGCCAGGCUGGUCUCGAAAUCCUGGCCUCAAGUGACCCACCUACCUUGGCCUCCCAAAGUGCUGGGAUUAUAGGCAUGAGCCACAGUGCCCAGCCAGUUUCCUUUUUUAAAUAUGGUGUAGUCUCAUGGUAGAUUGAAUUUGUAAUCAAAGUCAAAGUUCCAUUCCCUAAUGGAAUGGAAGGAAGACAAAACUUAAGAGUGAAAUGGAAUACUAAGAAGGCAGGACUGUUCUACUCACUUGAGGCUGGAGUGGCACCACUGCAGAUCUUUAAGUUUUAUAAUAAAAAGGAGUAUCUUGAAUGCCACUUAAAGAAAGAAAGACUGUGUGUGUAUGUGGAUUUUUCCCAAAGUAUUUGGGAAUUGUAAUGUUACAAUGAAUUGUAUGGGUAUGUACCAUUUAUCAUGUACAUUUUAAAACAAAAAGGAAACCUGAGAAUAGUGAUUUUUGUACACCCAUCUCUUAGAUUCAACAGUUUUGCUGUACAGGUUGUGUAUCCCUUAUCUGAAAUGCUUGGAGUAGAAGCAUUUUGGAUUUGGGAUUUUUUUCAAAUUUUGGAUUAUCUGCAUACACACAAUAAGAUAAUCUUAGAAGUGGUGGGACCCAAGUUUAAACAGAAAAUUCACUUGUUUCAUAUACACCUUAUGCACAUAGCCUGAAGGUAACCUUAGACAAUAUUAUUUUUAAUAACUUUGUGCAUUGAGAAAAAGUUUGUAUACAUUGAACCAUCAGAAAGCAAAGUUGUUGUUACCUCAGCCACCCACGUGGGCAAUUUGUGGUUGUUUGAUGUCACCAUCAUUCCUGUGCUACCAAUAAGCAGUCAUUUUCUUAUGCUUAUUCACACAUAAAUACUUGACAGUAAAAAAAUAUGACAUAACUUGCAUGGGAAUAAGGAUAUCCGGUUAAAAAAAAUAUGACAUAGCAUUGAUACAGUGAAAAAAUAAUGUGGUCAGGGUAGCUAAGCAACAGUAGCAUCACCAGAAACUUGCAUCAACUGUUAAACGGCAACAACAAUGGCAGGCUCUCAGUCUCCACUUAAGAUGCUAUAUUUUAUCUUUGUAGGUGAGGAGAAACAGAAGCAGUUGAAGGGUCAGGAAGUGGGUCUUUCUAGGGAUGUGGUGGCAUUCUGCUGGGUGGCUUUUUAAAAUGGGUUUUUUUUUCUUUAGGGAGACCGAAUAAACUGUUGUUGUGCACCUGUUUUGACUGACCUGUUACAUCAGGCCAGAUGUGGAAUUUUCUACUUGUAGCUUCAUUCUGGCACUCAGAAAGUUUUGGAUUAUGGAGCAUGAAUUUCAGAUUUUUGGAUUCAGGGAUGUUCAACCUGUAUUUAUAUAUACAUGUGUGUGUCUGUGUGUGUACAGACACAUACAUUACUAAACCUUUUGAAAUUAAUUGCAAGCAUCAUAAUAGUUCACCCCUAAAUGUUUCAGCACGCAUUUUCUCAGAAUAAAGAUAUCUUCCUAAAUAAAAAGCAUUAUCAUAACUAGAAAAGUUAACAAUAAUCUAACAUCAUGUAAUAUCUACCCAUAUUCAAAUUUUCUCAAAUGUCCCAAAAUGUCUCAUGCUUUUUAAAAUCAGGAUCCAGAGAUUAUACAUUACAUUUGAUAUGUUGCUAAUCUUUCAAUCUAAAACAGUUCCCCAUCUUUUUCUUCUUGGAACAUUGACUUUUUGAAGAGGCCAGUCCAGUUGUCAUAGAUUCUCUCUCAUUCCAGAUUGGCCUAAUUGACCAUACUUUGAGAACUGCUGUUCCAUCUUAUUUCCAGGACUCAAAUUAGUUCUAUUAGAUCUUUGCCUGACUUUCAUAUUUAUCACUUAGCAAUUUUUCUUUUAGACUUUUUGUUUCAUUUUCUUGGCUCUUUUCAUCUAUAUUUUCCAUGUCCCGUAUUUUACCUUUGGUUGAGUCUAUUCUUUCUUAAAUACUUUGAUUGCCUUCACUUCUGAGAUCUGUUUAUCUCCUUUUCCAAAUUUUUUUCCUGAUUUUACCCAGUCAUUCACAUCUGCAUUUUGUUUGUCCAGUUCUGAGUUUUUAAGUUGCUAUUUUGGAUUUUUUUCAUAUCUAUUUAUUUAAUUCACAUAUUGUGUUAAAGUUUACUCUCUUCUUUCUCAUUUUCAGUUUUCUCUUUAGAGUGACUUUAUUUUUUUUUUCCUAGGAAUGUAAUUUUAUGUUGAGUUACCAGCAAUACUAGGUCAUCAAAUGGGAAGGGGGAAAGGAUCUGGGUUAGUUCAAGAAUACUUUUUGCUAAGUUUUUAUUUUUGUGAGAUAUCAGUAAUAAAGCUUUUUAUGGAGGUGAAGUUUUACCUCCUGAUUCCUUAAGAGAACUUUAAAAAAUAUUUUUACUUUCAAAUAAUUAUAGAUUCACAAAUUGGAAAAAAAAAUCAGAGGUCCUGUGUACCUUUCUGUCAGCCUGUCCCAGUGCUAAGAUUUCAUAUAACCGUAGUACAAUAGCAAAACCUGGAAACUGACAUUGAUACAGGCCACAGACCUUAUUUAGAUUUUACCACUUUUAAAUGCUCUUGUGUGUAUAAUUGUAUGCAAUUCUAUCACAUGUAGAUUUUUGGUAACUUGCCACCAUAAUCAAGAUACAGACCUGCUCCAUCGUUGCAAAGAUCCCUGGUGCUCUUCCUUUAUAGUCACACCCAUCCACCUCCCUCCCCCACCAUCCCUAACUUAAACACUAAUCUCUUCUCCAUAAUUUUGUUAUUUCAACAAUUUUAUACAAAUGGAAUCAAUCGUACAGUGAGACCCUGUGACAUUCUUUUUUCACUCAGCAUAAUCCCUUGAGACCUAAAUUCCAUCAAUAGUUUGUUCCUUUUUAGAGUUGACUAGUAUUUCAUUGUAUGGGCAUACCAUAUCAUCCAUACAUGGAGGGGCAUUUAGGUUAUUCCUGAUAACUGGUUAUUACAAAUAAAGCUGCUAUAGGCAUUAUA